AUGCCGUCAUUCACCGAAGACAGUGGUCCUGGUCCCGAAUUAACAGAAUCGUCUAUUUCGGGAACAGGCUUGGAUCUCCGCUCUUUGACCAAGGCCUUACACGCAAGUGGGACGGUCGAUUCCCCAGACAGCACUUCUCUGAAACAGUAUCGGGCUUCCAUGUCCCAGCCCAUUGCGCAACACCCCACCUCCUCCAUGCCUUCUCUCGAUGGCCCUUCGAGCGUCAACGAUGCAAUGACCCAAGAGGUUAGAGAGCAAUACAGGCCCGAAGAAGAUACCCAGGGUCUCUUCCACCAAGUAUACGAAUGGUUACACCAUGAGAAAGCCAGACGACAGAAUCGUAAGGCACGGAAAUCCGAAGCAGUCUCCUCCAAUGCGACAAGCGAUUCACCCGCCGAGGACGGUCCCAUAGAAAGACCUAACUCCAACCCCUCCGAAAGCACCUUCUCCUUGGAUAAACUGGAGAAGAUCCUCCUUCAGUAUGCGACCAACCGGCCCAGCAGUGCCAUCGGCUCGAAUGCGUCGGUCAAACGCCAAAGUCGGCGUCGCCAUAAGGGCCUGCAAAGAGGUUCCGCCUCCGACUCAGAAGCCACAGAUGUCGAGGCACCCGUGCCAGGCGUGGAAGCCUACUUGGACAACUCCAAGACACUUGCCUACACCGGUGGUGCUGCAGUAGAAGAGGAUACCGAUGCCAAUGCCAAUGUCAAGGCUGCCAAGGACCGAGAGGGCUGGAUGAUUUUCAAGACUGAGAUCGUGCGCAUUGUACAUACGCUGCAACUUAAAGGCUGGCGCAAAGUCCCGGCGGAUCUGGCUGGCGAUAUUGAGGUGGUUCGACUUAGCGGUGCUCUCACGAACGCCGUGAAACCCCCACCGAAGCUUCUGCUCCGAAUCUAUGGCCCGCAGGUGGAUCAUCUGAUCGAUCGAGAGAAGGAGCUACAGAUCCUCCGCCGCCUUGGCCGGAAGAACAUCGGUCCUCGCGUUCUAGGCACAUUCUUGAAUGGUCGAUUUGAAGAGUACUUCGAGGCCCGUCCUCUUACACCCCAAGAACUGCGCAUUCCCGAAACGGCAAAGCAGAUUGCCAAGCGGAUGAGAGAGUUGCACGAGGGUAUUGAACUCCUCGAAGAAGAACGCGAAGGCGGACCCAUGAUUUUCAAGAACUGGGACAAGUGGGUGGAUCGUUGCGAGCAAGUGACCACCUGGCUCGACAAGGAAAUCCAGUCUCCGCAGAAUGAGGCCAAAGCCGCAUCUGAGCCAUGGCGUCGUCGCGGCUUUGUCUGCGGUGUGACGUGGGACAUGUUCCGCAAAGCCGUGGAUAAUUACCGACUUUGGUUAGUUGCCGAGUCUGGUGGAAUUGCUGAGAUCAAGCGUCAGUUGGUAUUCGCGCACAAUGAUACCCAGUAUGGCAAUCUUCUUCGCAUGGAGCCGGCCACACAGUCGCCUCUGCUCUUGCCUGCAAAUGAACACAAGCAGCUCGUUGUCAUCGACUUCGAAUACUCCUCCGCCAAUACCCCUGGCCUGGAAUUCGCCAACCACUUUACCGAGUGGUGCUACAAUUACCAUGACGAAGAACGCUCCUGGGCCUGCAACACUCGCGCCUACCCAACCCCAGACCAGCAAUACCAGUUCGUAUCGACCUACCUUACCCACCGACCCGCCGUCGGCGGCGGGACCGUCUCUCCCCUGGCCACACCCAACAUCCGCGGUCGCACCGCAACGGGCAUCAUACCUCUAGACCUCGACGAGGGAGCCGAUGGGCCCAGCUCCCAAUUCUCACAGAUUGAAAAGUCCAACGACGAAGAGUUGGAUAGGGAGGUGCGCUUCCUCAUGCAGCAGACUCGACUGUGGCGGGUCAUGAACUCAGCGCAGUGGGUUGCAUGGGGUAUUGUGCAGGCCAAGGUGCCCGGCAUGGAAGAAGGUAUCGCGGAGAUGGCAGCUGCCAAUGGGCACAGCGAGAACGGACAGCACGAGGGUAACGGUAACGGCAACAGCAACAGCAGCGGCAACGGACACAGCGAGAAGACGCCGCCUGUUGACGCGGACAUCGACGAAGAAGGAGAUUUCGAUUAUCUGGCUUACGCCCAGGACCGAAUUAUGUUCUUCUGGUCUGACCUGCUGGCGCUGGGCUUGGUCAAGGCGGAGGAUCUGCCUGCGCCUAUGGUUGAACAUAUCAAGUCGCGCCUUGUGGAGCAUUGA